CGUGAGGUAAAAACUAAACCUCUCUCUCUCUCUCUCGUGUAGUUGAAUAUCGAUUCAAUGAUUGAUUCUACUUGCCAAUUUUGUGUACUUAUAUAGAUUAUUUUAUGUUUCUUUUCGGUCGAUUUUAGUAAAUGGACUCCUACUCGUCAUCGUCGCCGCCUAUGGGUGCUUCUCCAUCUCCAGAGGCACUGAUGGAACAAAUUCAGGCGCAGCUCGCUGAAGCUUACGCCAAGGAGCUCAUCGAGACCAUGAGAGAAAAAUGCUUUGAUAAAUGCAUAACGAAGCCAGGAUCAAGCCUCAGCAGUGGUGAGAGCAGCUGCAUCUCUAGAUGUGUUGAUCGUUACCUGGAAGCUACUGGUAUCAUCAGCCGUUCUCUUUUCAGCCAACAACGUUGAACAUCACAAAACACUAUUUCACUUGUCUGUUUUUUUUUUUUUAAAAAAAACUUUGGUGGAGUCUUUGUUGUUAUUGCUCAUUGGUUGUUUGGGAAUCAAAUAUGAUUUUAUUCUAUAAACUUCUAAUUUGAUUAGUUUUAUUUUCC